GUUUAGGCCACCCAUUACGAGAAGACUAUUUUUGGUGACGGAAACGACCAGUCCAUCUACAAUGUCGUUCAAACUCCAUACGGUAGGCUGGCUUCUUUGAAUUGCUGGGAACACAUCCAAUUUUGUCUCUUUCCUUGUCGUAUUUCUCCGCACUAAUUAGUUUAUAAGCCGUGGCUGAAGACACAUAUGUAUACUCAAUAUCCACAACUUUUCGUUGCGUCAUGGCCAGCCGCGUUUCCUCCUUAUACUGGCGGAUCUCCGUACAGUUUCAGUUGCGAAGCUUGCAGUCGCAUGAGUCAGUUCGUAGCCAUAGAAGGCGGAUGCUUCGGAAUCGUUGCUUCUACUGUCAUCAGUGAAAAGGGCGCUGAGAGGAUGGAAUUGACUGGAUUUCCUUGGUUCAAAUUCCCCGGCGGUGGCUUUUCUGUAAUAUACGGUCCGGAUGGUUCAUCGCUGACUGAACCUGUCGAUCCGGAUGCAGAGACCAUCAUCUACGCCGACAUUUCUCUCGAUAAAAUUGCAGAAGCUAAAAUUGUGACCGACAUUAUGGGAAAUUACUCGCGAUUUGAUUUGUUAUCCACCACAGUCCAUAGUAGGAAGCAGGUACCUGUCACCUAUGUUGCAGAAGGCCGCUUCUUGGAGAAGGAAUGAACUUGAAAAGUUAACAAUCCGGAUCUCUAUUCCUGUCCUGUCCGUAAAUGUACGAUGCGUUUGGCGACGUUAAGCGGUGGCGAACGGAAGAAAAAUUGAUGGCAUAUGUAUAUGUGAA